AUGCCACCAGAGUCGACCUACGUCGAGCCCCAGACCAAGAAGAACGUCAUCUCAAAGUCGCAACUCGAGGCGAGAUGCAAGGCCGGUGAGAUCCUCAUCGUCGUCAACCAAAAGGUCUACAAGCUCGACAAGUGGAUCAAGCAUCACCCCGGUGGACAACUCGCUAUUCGCCACUGCAUCGGUCGCGACUGUACGGACGAGGUCAAGGCGCUCCACCCAAACUAUGUGCUCGAAAAGAAAAUCAAGUACUUUGAGAUUGCCGACUAUCUCCCCAGGGAUUCCGACCCAGAGUUUGCACCCAUCCUCGCUUCGCGGUCCAAGGAGGAGAUCUUUGCCGCCCAGGAGGCCAUCUACUCCAAGGCCUACCGCCAACUCGAGACCCGUCUCAGGGACCAGCAGCUGUUCGAAACCAACUACAUCAACUAUGCCUGGGAGUUCUCGCGCUAUCUGACGCUUUUCACAAUGGCAAUUGUCCUCAACCUCUACGGAACCUGCACGAUGCACUACAUAGCAUCUGCUCUCUGCAUGGCCAUGUUCUGGCACCAAGUCUCUUUCUUUGCCCACGACGCCGGUCACAACUCGAUCACCCACAGUCUCAAGAUCGACAACGGAAUCGGUAUCUUCUUGGCAGACUUCCUCGGCGGCCUCUCGAUUGGAUGGUGGAAAAAGUCGCACUACGUCCACCAUAUUGUCACCAACCACCCGGUCCACGACCCCGAUAUCCAGCACUUGCCCUUCUUUGCCGUGACGACUCGCAUCUUCAAGGGCUUCUUCUCAUCCUACCAUCAAAAGGAAAUGGUCUUUGACAGGGCGUCCCAGUUCUUUGUCUCGUACCAGCACAACCUUUACUACCCCGUCAUGAUGCUCGCUCGCUUCAACCUCUACGUCCAGUCGAUGAUCUUCUUGGCCACAGAACCCGUCUACCCUUACCGCAAGCAGGAGAUAUUCGGUCUCUGCGUCUACUGGACCUGGUACAUUUACUUUAUCAAGCAGCUCCCCACCUGGAACAUGAUCAUCGCCUACGUCUUUAUCUCGCACAUGUUCACCUUCAUGCUCCACAUCCAGAUUACGCUCUCGCAUUUUGGCAUGUCGACCGAGGAGUUGGGCGACUCCGAGUCCUUUGCCGCAAAGAUGCUCCGCACCACCAUGGAUGUCGACUGCCCAACCUGGCUGGACUGGUACCACGGCGGUCUCCAGUUCCAAGCCAUCCACCAUUUGUUCCCACGCAUGCCCCGCCACAACCUCCGUAGCGCCCAGCCUUUUGUCAGAGAGUUCUGUGACGAGGUCGGUCUGACCUACCAUAUCCAUGGAUUUGCCAAGGGUAACAGUAUCGUCUACUCUGCCCUCAAGGAUGUCGCCGAUCAGGUCGGCUUCUUUGUCGAGGUCGCCAAGCAUGAGGCCAAGGAGUAUGUCGAUGCUCAAAAGAUUGUCCUUCCUGAGAUCAAGAAGGAUUUGUAG